GUCUGUAGGGGUGGGAAUAAAGGAAGCGGAGGUGCCCCCAACAAGGCUCCAGUAGGCGCAUGCGCAGAGGGUGGCAAUGGGGCGGGGCCUGGAGCAAAGCCGGCCCGCCUCGGAGGGCGGGGGCGGGGCAGGGUGUCGUCACUUGCCCCCGAGACUCUGACGGCGGGACCUGCUCCUGCGGCCACCUCCCCCUCCCACAAACAACUGCCCCAACGGCUCUUCCUGCCCUGGUCACGGUAAAAAUGUAGAGAGGGGCCUCGUCCCUACAUCUGUGCACCAGGGCUCAGGAGGGGCCGCUCUGCGUCAGUGCCCCCGAAAUAAUGAACCUAAUCACCUCUCCAGAGUAUGCCUGGUCUUAGCCUUGAGAGGGAUCGGAGGGAUCGUGGGUGCCCCGCCCCCUUCGUUUAUAGGGGGCGGGGCGGUGGAGCGUGACGCCAUCAGAGGGCGUCUGAAGAGGGUCGGGACGCGUGUUGGAAAUGUUGGAGUCGCUGUUGGCUUUUGGUGGCCUGGUGCUCCUGCGGGACUCCGUAGAGUGGGAGGGGCGCAGUCUCCUGAAGGCACUUAUCAAGAAAUCUGCACUGCGUGGAGAGCAAGUCCACAUCCUGGGCUGUGAAGUGAGCGAAGAAGAGUUUCGUGAAGGUUUUGACUCCGACGUCAACAGACGGCUGAUUUACCAUGAUCUCUUCAGAGACCCUCUCAACUGGUCAAAGACUGGGGAAGCUCCUCCUGGGGGGCCCCUGGAAGCCUUGAGAGCCCUGUGCAGGAGGACAGUCCCUGGCCCUGUCACCAUUGCUGUGGAUUCUCUCAGUUGGCUGCUGCUUCGCUUUCCCUGCACCGCACUCUGCCAGAGCCUGUACGCGCUGAGCCAGCAGGACUCCUCCCGUGGUGACAGCUCCCCAGGAGAGCCGGUGCGUGUGCUAGGCCUGCUGCAUGAAGAGCUUCAUGGCCCAGGCCCCUUGGGAGCCUUGAGCAGCCUUGCUCAGACCGAGGUGACCCUGAGUGGUACCAUGGGCCAGGCCUCGGCCCACAUCCUCUAUCGGAGGCCCCAGCAACGCCCAGCCCGCCAGACUCAGUGGUUCGCCAUCCUUCCUGACUUCAGCCUGGAUCUCCAAGGGGGGCCGCCGCUCGAGUCCCAGCCCCACCCGGAUCCUCACACUCCCCCGGCGGACCCCACGACUCAUUUGACCUUCAACCUUCACCUGUCCAAGAAAGAGAGAGAAGCCAAAGACAGCCUGACCCUGCCCUUCCACUUCAGCUCGGAAAAGCAGCAGGCUCUGCUGCGCCCAGGGCCAGCCCAGGCCACCAGCCGCAUCUUCUAUGAGCCGGAUGCUUACGACGACCUGGACCAAGAGGACCCAGAUGAUGACCUAGAUGUCUGAGUGGCCGGGAGAUCUGACUGGACUCUAAUGGGGGGGGGGCUGGGCCCACAACCACCCUUCCUUUGUCUCUGGUGGCCUCACCCUGUCUCUGCCCCGACUUUGUUCCCUGAGUCUGAAGGCCCUGCCCUGUGACCCAUGAGCCAGGCAGCAGCUUCCAGGUGGGACAGAAAGCAGGCGGGGGGGGGGGGGGGGGGGCAGAAGGGGAGGUGAGAGGAUAGGAACAGCCCCAUGCCCUUCCCCAGCCUAAUAAAAUCUUUAUUUUUUAAUUUAAAAAAAA